AUUUGAUAUGCUCCGCUUGACGCGGGAUUCAGUUGAAUCAGUCAGAAAGUCGCAGCGAUUCCCUGUAAACAUUCAGUAAAUGUAGGAUGACCAAGAUCAUGGAGCAUAAAUAUGAGGAUGAGAUCCAGAUGCUUCAGAAGGAGAUUGAAAUGCUGGAGGCUGAACGAGAAGAAAGUCUACGAUCCAUUUUCAUAGAGCAUGGAGGUCGACUGCAACAGGAAAUAAAAUCAGUCCUUGAGGAAAAGGAAGGCGGUGGAGAACAAAAACACGCUCUUUCAAAGCUCAUCACACAAAUCAAAAAUCUGGAGAAAGACCGCAGACGACAGACUGAAAUCAACGGGAUCGCUCUAAAUGAGUGCUUUAUGAAGACGUUGCACAAAAGUGAAAGCAAGCAGGUACAGCAAGUCAGACUUGCUGGUCACUGCGGUCAGCUUUUGUUUCAAGUUGAGUUUGCCGUGACUGAGAUUCAGGAGGAUAAAGUUUUGCACAGAAGAAUUACCGAGCUCAAUAUUGUCGUGGAUGGUGCAGAAUUUAAAGAUUUUUCUGCAUUCGUAUCCAGAGUGGAGGACACAAAAGAUCUUCUCUUGUUCUUCAGGACCUUGAGGAUGUUCUCUGAACGAUGUGAGGAGAGGCAGCAAACAUUUCAGCACUUUCAGAAGAAGUACCCAGACGUGGUCAGCUUACCCGAGGGAUGCAGAUCUGAACUUAUGACCAUACGAAGUCCUAAACUGCCUGGGGUCUCCAUGACUAUAUUUUGGAAGAUUGAUGUUUCCAAGGAAGGACUGGUAAAACCAUCACUGGAGCUCCUUUUGAAGAUGCCAGAUCAGGCUCAAGAACUGGACACAAAGAAAGUGAUGGAAAAUGGGUCCGAUCACUUCAAGAGCCUCCUGCAGAUCCUCGGGGUGGAGGCAUCGAUCGAGGGUUUGAUAAGAACCUUGUGUCUGUAAAAAGUCAAAGAAAACUCCGACAACAUGUACACAAUGAGCGCUU